AUGGGAAAGACAGAACUGUACUCUCUCUUCAAAGCCUUCCUGGACUGUCUUUGCCUUUGCAUCCCUGUGAGUAUUCAUCCUCUUUGCACGCGUCGGGUGUGUUUUUGCAAAAAUAAUUCCUUCAUAGUGGAUCUACCUGAAAUCAUCUGCACAGUGUAAGCUUACUUCUUGAUGCUCCUUUAACCAAUCACCUGUGGACAGUGAGUGUUUAUAUGUGUCACUUGCUUGUCUGUGUCCUGCAGUAAAUGUCUCCUCAGCACUUGCUAAGCUUCUGAUAUUAAUAACAGUCUCAGUAUGUGGAUAGAAAUAGAGCCUCAGCUCUAAAGGGGCCAGAAGUCACUUGACGUUUCUUAUUAACCUCCUUUAGAACAAGCUCAGGUCAUCACACUCAACCUUGAUAUAUAAGCAUUCUUGCAUCAGCAGGGUUGUGAAACGCAGCGUUAAAAAAAAGCGUUCCCUUUUGUUCCACUAUUGGUUCUGUCACCGUUCUGCAGGUGAGUCUGAAGUCAUCAAACUAGGUCCAGGAUAAAACCAGCUGAUUACUUUUUUGCCCCUCCGGAGAUCAGAAGUCAUGAAAUCUGUCUGCAUCUAUAGUUUGAUGGUAAAGGAGAGAAAAGAGGCAGAUUGAUCUCUGCCCAGAUUCAGGGUUUUAUUUAUGUUCACAACUUACAUCAACACAGGAUGAUCUGACCAUGUUGCAUUUCUGUCAUCGAUAAGUAGUUAUAUCCACACAAGGGACUGUAAUAAUCUCCCCAACAGUAGAUUACCGAUGUACAGUCCUGUUACUUAUUUGAUACCUGCUUCUGGAGCGGUGGGAGCACAUGUUUGUGAUGAUGACCUUGUUAGAGAUUGUUGGGUAACACUUCAUGUGAACGCACCUCUUUUAAUGCAUCAUUAGCACAUUUAUAAAGCCCUACAGAUGCCCCAUAGCCCUUUAUAACAACCUUAAUGUUAUUUAAAAAGCAUUUUUAUCAUAUAUAGAAUGAGCUCUUUAUGAGCCUUUAUAAUUGGGUAAAGUUGUGAGUAUUAUAAUGUGUCAUUAAACCCAGACUUCAACAGACACUUUUUUAAAGUUUUGCAUUAAUGUAUAAUAUAUUUUAAACUAGGGAUGUCCAAAUACACAUAUGCAUCCGCAUGCAUAAAAUGCCAAAAUUGAAUCAAUAUUGGUAUUGGCCAAUACCAAAUGCUACAAUAUCGGUAUAGCAUUAGAAUUUAAAAAAUUGUAUCGGGACACCCCUAUUAUAAACCAUACCUUUAUUUGGCAUUUUGCUCACUGCUUCUGAGGCUUCAUACAUAAGUAUAAAAUGAGUUAUUAGGAACGCUUAUAAUCACUUGUAAGGAGCUCUAUAAAGGUGCAUUUAUAAGGCUUUAUUAAUGUGCUUAUGGUGCAUAAUAAGAGGGGGAUUCAUACAAAGUGUGACCAACUGUUUUUUCCUCGAACAAAAAUAUGUCAUGUUUGUGAUGCAUUAAAAGAAUUAUUCAUCAAUCACAAAAAAGUCCAAUGAAACGGGCCAUUGAACAGUUGAAUUAAUAUUUUGAAGAGUAUGAGGUAAUAUUCAGUUUAAGUCAUGUACUUAAAAUUUUUAUUCAAGUAAAAGUACAAAAGUGUCAGCAUCAAAAUUCAUUUUUAAUAUAUUUACAAUCUCAGAUUACGAAUGCUGUUAUUUCAUUGCUGUAUGUUACUUUCACAUACCAGCUUUAUUUCAAACUGCAGGAGCACAGAGAGUAGUGAAAAUAAACUCCAGACACAUAUUCCCACAAAGUGUAGAGAUACUUGAGCAAAAAAGUUCUGUUUUCAGUCUCUUUAGUGUCUUUUUUUCAUGUGGAAGCUGUUUAAAACAAUGUUUCCUCUAAUUAUUCUUUUUUUUGCUUUGUCUUUCAGCUAGCUUAUCUAAUUUUACGCCUGAUGAAUUCAGUUUCAUACUGAUCCAGCAACAAAAGCCUUCUAAUUAAUGUGAAAAAAGAAAAAAAGAAUGUGAGAAAGAAAAUAGAAACGCACCAGUAAAUAUGUUCAAGAAUGAUAGAGAAAACUAAAAAUGAAUGUAUCAACACUACCUGACUCAUUCCCACCGUUACCCAUGAGUCAUAAAUGUGUCUGAUUUGGCUUGCAGUGGGGCAGGGAUGAGGCUCUGGUUGAGAAUGAGAGGGACACUGAGAGCGGCCACUUGAUCUACAGAGGCGGGGACAUCCUGGAGAGCAGAUGUGAGUCCGGUUGAAGGGAAAUUAUUGGAAUUGUUCAAAGUCUAUAAAACAAAUCAGCUAAAAUUUCUCCUCUUUCUGUUUUAAGAUGAGAUAGUUGACACACUCGGUGAGGGAACUUUUGGAAAGGUGGUUCAGUGUUUUGACCACGGCAGGUAAUGUUGAUAAUCUGACAAUGAUGCAGUGACCCCAUGUACUGUCUUCAUCACUUGAACUUAGUGUUUUCUUGUACAGAGGGGGGAGACCAGUCGCUCUGAAGAUCAUUAAAAACUUGGAGAAAUACAGAGAAGCAGCUAAACUGGAAAUACAUGUGCUGGAGAAGAUAACUGAGAGAGAUCCAGACAAUAAACAGUGAGUCCUUCAGUCCCUGUAGGAAUAACACUACUCUGUAUCUGUUUUAUGCGUCUCAUCCUUAUGUUUUUUUUCCCAUCAGUCACUGCGUGCAGAUGCUUGAGUGGUUUAACUACUAUGGCCACGUGUGCAUCUCUUUUGAGCUGCUGUCUCUCAGCACUUUUGACUUCCAAAAGGCCAACAACUUCCUGCCUUAUCCCAUUAACCAGAUUCGACACAUGGCCCACCAGAUAUGCCACGCUGUCAGCUGUGAGUCCACUUUACUUUCUGUCUAGUUUCUCGAGGUCUGUGUCAGCGUUGACAGGAAGCAGAUAUGAAGAGUAAAUGAGAGGGUGAAUGUCACCAGAGGAUGAUGAGUCUUUCUGAGUUACAUCCUUCAAAAGCUAAACCUGAAUAUUUAAGAGAUCAAUUAUUUCUCAAAGUUGAUAUUUAUUCUGUUUCUGAUCACAUUAAGAAAAGAAGAAAAUGAACAAGGCAGGAACUUUUUUCUUACAAAGUCAGGAGACAAACUGAUCUCAUUUUGAUGUUUUCAAGUCUGUUUAACCAACCAAAAUGUUAACCAGAUGAGGGCGUCUCUCUCCUGAUAAAGCUAAAUGAACCCCCCCUCUAUUUCUAUUGCAGUUCUCCAUGACAACAAGCUGACUCACACCGACCUGAAGCCUGAAAACAUCCUCUUUGUCAACUCAGACUUCUCGCUCGUACACAAUGCUGAGAAGGUAUGUUAGGACUGCAGGCGGGAAGGCUGGGACCUUUGGGGGUGAAAGAAAAUCAGGAUGUUAAAUAGGCAGGGAUUAACUGAGGCAGAACAGCUCUGGAGAUUGCUUUGUGGUUGCCCAUUUAGAUGCAAAUUUUUCUCAGCAGAAAUCUUGAACCGACCACUUGGGAUAUGUUCAGUUUAUGGCGCAAGUCCUUGAGGACUGUGAGUGGUGUAGCUGACUUCAGUCAGACAGUGUGAGGCACCCCUGAAGAGAGACAUUUCUCUGUUUUUGGAACCCUUAAAUAGUUGGCUGUCUACUUUAUCUGUGAUGAGAGCUUUACAGGAGUUUGAUUAAGGCCAACUCAAAAAUAAGACAAAUUAAAAGUGAAACACAAGAAAUUGGAUUUGGAUUGGAUUUAGUAUUUUAUUUUGGUAUAGUCUGACCGAAACUGUGUAGGCAGAAGCAAUGCUUAUAAAGAGCCACCCCUUAUACCAUAGAUCGAGUACAUUAUACAGAUACACUCUAUUCAUACAAACAUCAACACCACAAUAUAUAUCCACUCUUCAAAUCAGAUAAGAACAUGCUUUACACUUUACAUUAAUAAUUUACAAUAAAUCAACAGUAUUGAGAAAUAACAUUAUUCUUGAAAGUCUCUUUAAGCUUACCAGAGUACUACAUUUUCUAAUUUCUACCAGACAGUCAUUCCAUAUUUUCACCUCAAUUUUUGACAUUUGUUUGCGCUUUCGGUUUCUCAAAUAAUACACAGUCUCUUAGGUUGUAAUUAGAGUCCCUCAGUUGAAACAGGUUCUGGACAUGUUGUGUUAAGGCUAGGUUUUUGGCUUUGUACAUAAGUUGUAUUGUGAUGACAUAAUCUACUAGGUCUUUGAAUUUUGAAAAAUUUAAGGAAGUAAACAGGGGAUGAGUUGAUUCACGGUAAUGCUUAUUGCAGAUGAUUCUUACAGCUCGCUUUUGUAAAAGAAAUAUUGGGUUUGUAUUUGUUUUAUAAGUGUUUCCCCAAAUCUCAAUGCAAUAAGUCAUGAACAGAGUUAUCAGGGAAUAACACAAAUCAGGGAAUAAAGACCAAGCGCAAAUUUACACAAAUUGUAAAAUGAAAAAGCUGGAUUUAUUUCAGAGACACCUAAACUAAACCUUUACACCUAACAACACUUUAUUUUACCUGGCUGUGAAUUGUUGCAUUAGCAUAACUGUGUGUGUACUGGUUUAUUUUGCUACAGGACAAAUUACUAAAACUGGUGUGAAAACUUUCAGCUGUAUCGUCAAAUCAGAGGAAACAAAUCUGAACAGUUUGAAUAUAAAGAAACAGUAAAUGUAAUGGAAGGUAAAACUAUGAACACAAGACCCUACCUGAGACUAACUGGAGCCAACUUCUCAGUGCUGAGGAUUCAGUUGUGUCAUGUGUCUGCUUUCAGAAGUGCAGUGAGAAGAGAGUAAAAGACACCACAGUGCGGCUUAUUGACUUCGGCAGCGCCACCUUUGACCACGAACACCACUCUACCGUCAUCUCAACACGACACUACAGAGCUCCAGAGGUCAUACUAGGUGAGCCUGAGACCAGGAGCUUCUCUGGGACUUCUCAGUGAUGUGAAGUUGUUUCUCAACCUUUUUUCUCUUCUCUGUGCCGCAGAGUUGGGUUGGAGUCAUCCGUGUGAUGUGUGGAGUAUCGGCUGCAUCCUGUUUGAAUACUACAAAGGCUCCACGCUCUACCAGGUCAUAGAUGUGUUUAUACUUUAACCCUCCUCCUUUGUCAGGGUCUGCACCGACCCGUUUUUGUUUUAAAAUGCUAAAAAGAACCACAUAAAUUGUCCAUGUAGAUUCUCAUUCAUCCAGGUCAUGGUUUUUCUUAAAGACUCCAAAACAGGCAACUGGACUGUGUAGAGUUGAAAAGAUGUUUCGCCUCUUAUCCAAGAAGCUUCUUCAGUUCUAAUAUUGCUAGUGUGAGGAGCAGAUAUUUAUCUUACUGGAGAAGGGGACAAACAACGACUGGGACGAGUUGGAAAGAAUGGGUCGUAGAAACCCAUCUCCGGGUGUUCCCUCCCUGAGGGUCGUUAACCUGAGGCUUUUGGGAAUAAGUCCUUGCUGUCUGCAUCUCAGGUUAAAGCGAAGGUGGUUUCUGUAAUCCGCCAUCUUCCUGCAAGUUUUCUCGUGCUCCCGGACCACAUAAAUUAGCUUUUUCGCAUCAAGACUUUUUGACUUUGUCAGGAACCUCUAUGUCAACGAAAUUAAAAAAAAAAAAAAAAAGAAUUGACUAAAUUAUAAAAUGCUCUUAUUUAAAUUAUGGCACUUGUUGUGUUUGGGUCGCUUUGACCCAGUUAGAUUAAUAUCAAAUAAUUAGAGCAAAAACUAAAAUCAUAAGUACACUGUCAGGCACCACACUGACAGUCAGAUCCUCUUUCAAUCAUGUUUUUACCUGCACAAAAAACAAUGACGGGCAUGUCCAGACAUGUGAAAUCAAUUUAGUAUAGAUGUCUGUGUGAGGGGUAUACUGACAAGUAUGGACCAUGGUAUUACAAGCGACAUUUUCAUGGAUAAUGAAGCCUAACAAGGUAACCUAGAGAUGAGAACCAAAUUGGAUAAUAGAGAAUUGUUUUUAGUGUAAUUUGCAGCUGAUUUAAGACACGGGUGAAACCAACCUGUUAACAUAGUGGGUGCGAAGUAAAAGCUAAUGCAGGAGGAAGGUUAAAUGAUCUGAAGAAGGAUAAGUGUUGACAUUAACAUCUUGUGUGCGUCUCUCCUCUGUUUCAGACUCACGACAACAAAGAGCACUUGGCUAUGAUGGAGAGCGUACUGGGACCACUUCCUCAGAGAAUGAUACAAAGGAGCAGGUAACACACUCUUGCACACUGCUACACGCAAACACACUUGCUAUUAAACUUUAAUUACAAAGUUGAUUUUCAUUGACAGAAAGCAGAAGUAUUUCCACCGGGGGCGCCUUGACUGGAAUGAGAGCUCCAAGGCUGGACGCUACGUGAAAGCCAAAUGCAAACCCCUGACGGUGAGCUGAAGCGAGGACUGAGUUUUAAUACUUAAAACUAAGGACAUUCAGAUCCUGACACAACAUUCCCUCUCUUUGUCUUUCCAGAAGUACUUGUUAUCACAUGGGACCGAACACCACCAUUUUUUCAAUCUCUUGGAGAAAAUGCUAGAGUAUGAACCUUCCAAACGCAUCACUCUUCCGUCCGCACUCACUCACCCUUUCUUCGUCUAUCAAGCACGCUCAAAAGUCUGGAGGAACAGUUGUGACAUGAGCAGAUGA